ACGGUUCGAGACAUACACGCGACGCCCACAUACGCCGAGCAUUACCCGUUAGCCGCUACCCGUUAACCGUUGCGAUGUUCAGCGGCAAUCCACAACCCCGCCGCCAAUAGAGUCCAAUACUUGAACGAUCGAGAAAGAAGCUGAGCACCUUGCACGUGACUGGAACGGGGCAUGUUAAAGGACGCCAACCAGGAGUUGAUGAAACAUCGCCCUCUGACGACACUCCCCAUGACCGACUACGCUCGUCAGGUGGCGCCCAUACAGCUGCCUCUGCCGCUCCAACUGCCUCUUCCGCUGACUAUGCCGCUCCCGCUUUUGGCAAAGACUCCGACUACCGAUCACGCCCCUAUGCACUCUACGCCUCCGACAACGCCGCCCACCCCGCCUCCACGGCCCUUGAAUAUGAGUCAAGCGGCAACGGGGGCAACAGAAGCGGCGACUCCCUCAGACCACAGUCCCCCGGCCACACCACCAUCAGAAGGGGCUCCUGCUGCAAGCUCGGCCGCACAGGACCACUACAGCCUGCGCUGGAACAACCACCAGAACCACAUCCUGCGGGCCUUCGAUGCACUGCUGCAGACCAAAACGCUAGUUGACGUAACCCUGGUCUGCGCUGAGACUUCGAUCCGGGCCCACAAAAUGGUGCUUUCCGCCUGCUCCCCCUUUUUCCAGCGCGUCUUCGCGGAGACGCCUUGCAAGCAUCCAGUUAUCGUACUCAAGGACUUCAGGGGCUGGGUGGUGCAGGCCAUUGUGGACUUCAUGUACCGCGGAGAGAUCAGCGUCCCCCAGCAUCGCCUACAGACGCUAAUCCAGGCCGGAGAGUCGCUUCAAGUGCGAGGACUAGUAGAGAGCUCCGUGCCGGAGCACACGCCCACACCGGCCGCCUCGCCUGAUGAUUUCGGGAUAAUGGAGACAUCGAUGCUGUCCUCCAGUUUUGAGGACGAGUCACCAUCAAUGGUCCGACCCUCUGCGGCUGGGAAGCUGAUGAUGCCCUCCGCCCGACUGUUCGGCAGCUCCUCGAACGCUAUGACUGCCCUGAGCCUUCGACGAAAGCGAGAUCAGGACUGUGACCGCGAGUUGGAGAGCGACCAGGAGCUGGGCGGCAGCUCCCCAAUGCCGCGACGCAAGCAAGCACGACCACGCCGCCGAUCUGGCGAUGUUCCCCACGACUUUGCCCUGAACAAGACCGAAACAGAGGCCCUCCAAACUGUGAUCAAGCAUGAGCUGCUCGAGCGAGCGGAAAGAGAUCACGAUGAGGAUAAUGAUCAAGAUCACACCCACAAUGAAGCCAAGAAAAGCGGUUCGUCGUCAGCGGAAACAUCGAUAGACCACACUAAGGAGAAGAAAGCAUUGAAGCCAGAAGGAGCCGAUCAACCCCUCAACCUCAACGAGAGCCACCACCGACUCGAGCUUGACGAUGAGGAGGACGACGAUCAGGAUCAUGAGGAAGAGGAAGAAGAGCAGGACAUUGAAGAGCUUAUUCACACGACCAACGAGCUGAGGCGUCAGGCUGCCGCGGCUGCUGCAAAUGCGGCUGCCAUGUCGCCCACCCCCUCGCCAUGUCCUAGUGACGGGCCCGAGGACCUCUGCACCACCAAGAAGGCCAAGGACGGGAACACCAGUGCCGCCCACUCGUCCGACUGUGAGUCCAAUAACAACAACAGCAGUAAGCUUCAGGACAACAACCAGCGCAUAAUGUUGUCUUUGAAAGACAUCCGCCAACUGAACGCCAACCCGAACCCCACUGCCAUCCACACGCCAACCAGCUGCUCUGGAGGCAACAGCGGACUGCUCAGUUUCCCUCCGCCGGGUCUCCGGCCACCAGGACUCCCGGACAGCCCGCCCUGCCACAUGGAAGCGCUAGAGGCUCAGAUGCACGCGGCAGCGGCUGCAGCCGUGGCUGCUGCUGGUGCGGGCGAGCAUCCCUUCCACCACAUGGAGCACCAGAUGGAGAUGUCCUUGGCUGCAGCAGCGGCAGCGGCUGCAAUGCAUCAGCGAGAGCCACGGGAUCCUCGAGACCCGCGCGACCACAGCGCCUUCGGAAGCAAUCUGUUGGGGCCAAUGGGGAUGCCCCCAUUCGUAGGACAUAACGGGGGACAUCCGGGCAAUAGUGGCCCAGGAAACGGAUGUCCCGGACAGGCUGCCCAUGAACGACUCGAAGAGAGUAUGAAUCGUCUGAGCAAGGAGCUCGGAAAGGAGUUUGGGAAGGACUUCGGCAAGGAGUUCGGGAAGGAGUUCGGGAAGGAGUUCGCCCCGGCAUCGCCGAUGAGUCUGCCAGGGCACUUCAAUGCACCGGAUGGACCUCCGCAUCCGCCGUCACCACUGCCCUUUCCUGGCAUGUCCUCUGCGAUGACGCUGACGCCGCCGCACAUGUUCGGCCUGGACUCCCCCCUCGGACUCUUUCCGCCCGGAAUGGAUCCUGGCAAGCUGUACAACCCACUAAUGGAAAUGAGCGAUCCAAGGGACAUGCCAGGCGGACCGCCUCCGUUCCUAAAAAAGAAAAUGCCACGACCAAAGGGACAACACUCGGCUCCUCGCGGUGGUCCGCCUCGCUCCUGGACCAACACAGAACUGACGGAGGCACUGCAGCACGUGUGGAACAAGAAGAUGACCACGUCGCAGGCCUCGCGAAUUUUCGGUAUCCCCUACAACUCUCUACUUAUGUACGUGCGGGGCAAGUACGGAAAGAGCUUAAAGCUGGAGCAGCUGCGCAAGGACUGCAUCAGCGGACCACCGAUCGAGAUGCUGCAAAUGGGCAUCGGAGGAGGUAGUGGUGGCGGCAGCGGAUCCAAUAAGAGCGAGAAGAGUAAGGAGCGCAAAGAGAAGGAUAAGGACAAGAAUUCUGCGAGCAACAACGCCUCAGGUGGGUCGAACAAUGCCCAAGGUGGAGGUCCGACCCCUGGCAACGGAUCUUCAAUGCCGCAUCCCGGAGAACUAGGCCCUCUGGGACCGCUAGACCUGGAGCUGGGUCUCCCACUUGGUCCCCCUGGAGGUCCACGCAGUGGCAGUUCCGAGCCCGAUCUACUGAGCGGCCCUAACGCCCUGUUCAACCCUUUCAACCCGCAGGGCUUCUACCCGGACUUCGCCGGCGGCUUUCCCGGCCUCCCCUUGAGCAUGUUGAACCUGCUGCCACCGACAGAGCGUCACCACGCAGCGGCCGCCAUGCAUCACCUGGGCGUGACAAUGGACGAGGACUGCAAGUCUGUGGGCUCGAAGCAGUCCUCCUCCAUGGACGACGACUACGCGGGCCCUGGGAUGCCGCUCUCGCUGGAGCAGCGCAGGGAGAUGAACGCGACGGGCCCUCCAAUUACGCAGUCAAACGGGGGAGCAGGGCAAGAUUGAAACUUGUGGCGGGAUUGGGCAACCGGAGCUGCCAGCACCAAUCCAAUGUACUUCCCUGCUUUCGAUCCGGACCACGAGCAGAACCCAACGUCGCAGUCUCUGCCAACACGUCCCUCCGUGCACCAAAUGGCCUGCCGUGAGCUCAGCUUUAAGCCGGACCUGUUCAUGGCCAGGCGCAAGCUAAAGCGCUUCCGGGCCAAGCGCCAGCUCCAGGCGCAGAUGGAGACGCAGCCGGCAGCCGUUCCCGCUCCUUGUCCUGUCAGCCACACGCUGCCUCCGCUCCGGACUUGAAUGUGAACUCGAAUGCAAUAUGUCUACUAUUAGUUGAUUGUUUUUGUUUAGAGGCCCCGAUGGACUUUUGAUUUACGAGGAUUCGGUUUCCUUUUGUUUAAGCAAAGUUGUGUAUAUUUUGCUGGUGCUUUCAGUUCCUAUUCCCGAUUACAUUUUGAUAUUUUGCAGUUAAUUUUAACUUUAAUUUUAAGUAAUCCAAUAUGACAAAGCUUACAAAGCAUUUGAGGCAAUACGUGAAACAUAUAUUACUCCCUGUAUUAUUGUAUAAUUUAAGUGCGGAAGGAUUAUAAUCAAAAUGAGAGAAAUUCGGAGGAGAAGAAAAGUUGUAUAUAGGCGGAAAUCCAAACCAACAAGCAGCAUUAUCUCUGGUGAGGCUGUGGCACCGACUUCCCCGACCCGCUCGGUCGGGGAUUGAGGCGGAGCAACCUCACUGCAAUUAGUAGUAUCGACGAUGACUGUACCAAAAUUUUUAAUGUUAUUUUAUAAAAAACGAAAAUAAGUUGUAGAGUUAAGUGUUCUCGUAGGCAAUUCGUAUUUGUAUAGAAAACAUCAGCACCAACGUCCUCACUCAUAGUUGUGCACUCUCCCCUCGCCCCUCACCCCUAACUCCACACUCCUCACCACCCAACACACACAUGCACAUUCCUAGUUAAUCGCAACGCCGCUUUGUAAAUCCCCGCCAACCUCAUGGAUGCCCCCAGAUCUGUCCGUUUUGUAAUCUUAUUUGUAAAGAAGGCAGCAGCCAACCGACAAAGAGGCCCACAAAGCGACACCUUCCCGCGCAGUGUUGAUAUAAGCUCAAAUAACAUAUUUUAAUAUUAACUACUAAACAGGAACUUAUGUAAGUAAAUAAUAUUAAAGUGUAUGCAUUACAAUA